UUCGGAGUUGACGGGGUUGGUCACAUGGUCUAACAUGGCUGCGCCCGUCAGGAUGUGAGUAGCGGAUGGUCGCCUCUUUAUAGCCAAAACAGUGCUGAAAAGUACUGGGAAAAGCGGUACAUUAACUGUUACAGUAAGUAUUUUCCUCUUCAUUAAAAUAAAUCAGGAAUCAAAGAUGUCAGACAAUAACACUUAUACAAAACCGCCACUGGCAGUGGAUGUUUCCAAGAUCCCACCCAGAUCAGUGGUUACUGAACUACUUCUGAAAAAGUUUGAACGCCUUCCAGAAACCGAAAGGAAAUUCUUUGCGUAUGGGCCCAUCUACCUUGGAAUAAAUGGAGCUUUUUCAGGACUGAUAGCAAACAGUUUUUUUCGACGGUUACUAAAUGUAACUCAAGCCCGGUUCACCUCCAGUUUACCUAUGGCAGUUCUUCCGUUUUUGACGACUGUGGCAAUGUAUAAUGCUGCCGUGUCAAAUCCUUUACUUGCAGGUGACCUUAACUGCCCUACAUGUGCAAUGGUCAGAGGUGGACUGGUUGGUGCUGUCAUAGGUGGCUUUUAUCCAGUCCUGCUAGCCUUACCUGUCAAUGCAGGCCUUGCAACAAGGUACAACACUGCUCCAAUGCCAGAGAAGGGAAAUGUAAUGCGUUUCUGGAUCUCAGUCACACAACCCGUUCUGCGGAAAAUGAGCUUUGUGUUCAUACUACAGGCUCUCUUUGCAGUAUACUUGAGCUCCCGGCAUUAUGGGAUCUACAUGAAAAUGCUUGAACUCCCUACAUCUGACACAGAAGUGUUAAAGGACUAAACAGUUGGAUGGCAGGCCACAUAAUUCAUAUAAACUCUGUGGUAAAUCUGUAAUUUGAAACACAUCUGCUUACUAUAUUAAAAUUAAAAAGCUAUUCUAAAUCUUUAAUUACACUCAUGAAUGCUGAAAGAAAUGUGCACUUUGUUUUAUAUGCAUUUGUGUUUUGUUCAGUUUACAUUCUCUACAAUUAAAUUAAACCAUUACAAGAAUGCCAGAUAAUGUAAUAAGAUGAAUACUUUGAGUGAAUCAGAGUUUCCAAAGCAGGUUUUGGCAGCAUGUUCAAUCUGCUGCUUAAUUAAAGCUACUUCUUCUCUACCAUCAAAAA